ACGACAAGUCUCCUGAAUUUAGACAAAGCGAUAUGACUAAAAUAAACAGUGUCAAUAUAAUAUUGCACAAUCCAGAGAAAUGAGGUCGUGCACCGUGCAAAGGCAAAGCCUAUAAAACGACAGCUCAUUUUAUUUUUGGCAUCACUGGACACUGUCAUACAUUUACUUGUGGAAGAAGAUUUAGCUUGGACGAAAGCUAGACCUGGAAACUUGGCUGCAGCUUUCUGCAUUUUUCCAGUACAUCCGGCCCGGUAAGGUAAUAAAGUGUGGCCGCGAGUCGUCGACGUCUUAGUCUUACACUUCAAUGCAGUUGCAGUAAACAUGGCAAUGGCAUCCAAUUCAGAAACAGAAGAAAAAUACACAUUCUUUUACGGUGAAAAGAGUUCCCCUUUCAGUCAGUUCCGGGCUGCAAACUUCGUGGUAGACGGAGUGCAAUACACUUGUGCAGAGAUGUAUAUGAUGCAUCAAAAAGCUGUAUUGUUUGGGGACCAUGAGAUUGCGGAGCAGAUUCUUGUUGCAACCAAGCCCAUGGCGAUGAAAGCUUUGGGAAGGAAAGUCAGGAAUUUUGACGAAGAAGUUUGGAAACAGCACAGGAGACAGAUCGUCAAGAAAGGAAAUUUGGCCAAGUUCUCACAGAACCUUGAUAUCUUGGCCAAGCUUUUGGAAACAAGAGGAACAACGCUGGUGGAGGCGAGCCCUCGGGACAGGAUCUGGGGUAUCGGUAUGGGAAAGGACAAUCCAAACGCUAAGAACAAGAACAAGUGGAGAGGUCAAAAUCUUCUCGGGUACAUUCUUACAGAGGUCAGAGAAGAACUGAGCCAUGCCGGUUGAGACUUGGACGAAGAGUUCACAAAAUAAACUAGUCGCUAGGCUUGAUUUUUCAAGUGUUUCAUAUGGGCAAACACAUUGGUUAACUGGUUCAUAUAUUAAAGGAAAAAUAUGCGGGCAUGUCAAUUUCACAAUAUCACCUAAUUUCUAAAAAUGUUGCAAGAAGUUACCCCUUCCAUAUGGACAUGUGUCAAGCUAUUAUACCACUUGGCCUCAUUUGUUUUUGGCCUCAGCGGCAGUGUAAAUGAUGCUAAGUGGAGUGUUUGCCAAACUGAAUAUCUGCAUAUGAUACUCAGGACAACAUAGUACUCAGUUUCAGAUUUUUUAUUUAAGUAUUUCAGUCUUUCAAUUAAAAAUAUAUAUAUAUUUUUAGUGUGUAGAGAGAUAGGUGCAAUUAUAUCCCUUGCUUAUAAGAUUGUUGAAUUGGGAGUGCACACACGGAGAAAAAUAGUAGUUUUACUUGGAAAAGAUGUUUGCCAAUGCCAUGAAUAGUUCAUUAUGUUUCCAGUAUUUACAAUAGAAUUUAUAAGUUUCUAGAUACUUUUCAUUUUCUAAAUUCUAACCAAUAUGGAUUCAGGAAAGGACAUUCGACUGAUCAUCAUCAGGCGUUAAUACAAAUAUACGAUAAAAUUACAAAUGCAAUGGCAAAAAAAGAACAUAUAAUAGGCGUAUUCAUGAACUUAAGCAAAGCCUUUGACACUCUUGACCACCAGAUAUUACUUUAAAAACUUGAAAAUUUUGGAAUUCGCGGAACUACACUAUCUUGGUUUAAGAGUUAUUUGUCCAAUUGAAAACAAUAUGUAAUUCACAAUAAUAUUCCUUCUGAUUUUCAGUUAAUACAAUGCGGAGUUCCACAAGGAUCAAUCCUAGGCCCCUUGCUUUUUUUAAUAUAUAUCAAUGAUUUGACUUCUGUAACACCUUUAUUAUCAUGUGUAUUAUUUGCAGAUGACACCAACAUUUUUUUUUCACAUAAUAGCUUAGAAACUUUAGUAGAUAUAAUUAACCGUGAAUUACCAAAACUAUCUUUGUGGUUUAAGUGUAAUAAGCUUUCACUCAAUAUAGAUAAAACAAACUUUAUAUAUUUCAAGCAUACACACUCACAUGAUAACAAAUUUUCUUACAAUAUAAACAUAGACAAUACUCCUCUCAAAAGGAAAAGAGAAACAAAGUUUUUAGGUGUCACAAUAGAUGAAAAUUUAAAUUGGAAUGAACAUGUACGUUGUAUAACUACUAGUAUUUCUAGAAACGUUGGUAUACUUUACAAAAUGAAAAACACAAUUCCACAUACAACUCUUGUCAUACUCUACAAUUCAUUAAUAUUGCCUUAUAUAUCAUAUUGCAACAUAGUUUGGGCAACAUGUGCAAAAAUUAAAAUUAAUACAAUAUACUUAUUACAGAAAAAAGCAAUUCGAAUCUGUACUGAUUCCCAAUAUUUAUCACACACAAAUCCAUUAUUCCAUAGACUAAAGACUCUAACCGUAUUUGACAUAAAUACUCUUCAAAGUUUACUACUUAUGUUAAAGCACGUAAAUAACAUGCUCCCACCUUCAUUCCACAAUUUUUAUACUCUGAAUACAUCUAUUCAUUCUUACCCUACCCGUAACUCUUCAAAUUUCCAUUUAAUCAACCCUAAAUUGCUUAUUGCGCAGAGAUCCAUAAGACACCAUGGUCCAGAUUUGUGGAACUCUCUACCAGAGCCUGUAAAACAAUCUUCGUCUCUUCACUCAUUUAAGGCAAACGUAAAAUCUAUGUUAUUAUCAGAAUAUUUGAAGUAAAAUUUCUGUGUCGUAUCCUUUUUAUCGUGAAUUUAUUCCUCCUUCGAUUUAGUCAUUACCAAUAUCUUCAUCAUGACCACCAUCAUCUCCAUGGCCUUCAUCAUCAUCAUCAUCAUCAACAUCAUCAUAUCACCGUCACCCUCAGCUUUAUCAUCUUCAUCUUCAUACUAUAAUAUUGCAUGAAUUCGUGUUUCGUAUUUGAAAAUGUAUGCCCAUUCUGCUUUAUAAAUGUAUUAAUUAAUUCAAUUAGUAUAAGUUUGGGAUUGUCAUUUUGUUCAAGCAAUCUGUUUAUGAUGACAAUCCUUCUCCUGCAAAUUGUAAAUAUCAUAUAGUUAAUCAUUCUUGUCUGGAAUUAUCUUUUUAAUACUCUUUAUUUAUGAUUCAUGCCAAAAAUGCUAGCAUAUUAUGUUUAUUAUGUUAUGAAAAAUGUAUUAUACGAAUGUAAUGGAUGCAGAAGAAAACAAAUCAAAAUCAAAAUAAUAUAGGCCCACUCUUGAGUACGAUGUUACAGAGAAAUAUUUAUAUAUGAGUGGAUUAUUAUCAUUUAUUUUUUUUAGAUCAGGAUUAAUUACAUGUACAUGGAUAGUUUUCUUUAUCUGGAGGAUUUUUUUUUUCAUAAAGUUGUUUGUAAAGUAAUGGAAUAUGGAAAGCUGAAUUGUUGCUUAAUCUUUUUUUCAACCGCAUUUGUUAAAUAUCAAAAUUUGUCUUGUAAUAUUUAUAGCUUUAGCAGUGCAAAGUUUAAGUUUCACCGUAGUGUAAGUGGAAUUAUCACAAACUUAUACUUUGUUAUUAAAGUCAGGAUUAAGAAAAUUAUUACAUCCAUCUCAAAUAUUUCAGUUUCCCAUUUUUGUAGCUUUUUAUGAAACAACAUUCAGGAAUGUUUUAUAAAGCUUUUCAUAAGUUAAGUACAAUUUAUGCAUGACUGAUGAUAUAAUGUAGUAUCUAUUUAUUCAUUCAUCCAUCCAUCCAUACAUUCAUUUAAAAGUUGUGUGUAACAGUAACUCAUGAAUAGUGUUUAUGAAACACGACACCCCAAUAUGUAUUUCAAUUUUAAUAGUGAGAAUAAAUAUCAGGUGAAGAGCA